AUGGUAGGUCUCAUCGCAGACACGAGGAUGCGAGGCUGCGCGCAUACCUCACGAUCUGAUUCGACUGACAUACCUCAGAACCCUCUGCUCUCCGCGUCAAGCGCUCUCAAGCCUGGGAAUGGGGUCGAGGAUGAUAAGCUGUCCGACUAUGUCCCGGGCUCAAGGGAUAUCUCGGUAUCAAGAGCUCCUUCCGCGGUCGCAUCUGAUGAAGUCCUCGGAGGGCCUUCUGGUGGGGCCGGCGAUGGCGGCGAGGACGAGCUCGAGGAGGAUGAGGAUGAGAUCAUGGACGAGGAUGAUAUGAUGGGUGAUCCUGCGACCGUCACCCCAUCCGCGAAAAGAAAGCGUGAUCAAGCCGAUGCUAAAAAGGCCGCAACAGCAGCUAGAAAGGCGGACAUCUCGGAGAUUGGGAAGCGGCGUUCAGCUGUCGAAGACGCGAAAUUUGCCGAUUCGAUGAAGCGGUUCAGCUAUCUUCUUGGCCAGACUGAGCUCUUCCAGCACUUUAUCGAUCUCAAGAAAAAGCGCGAGCCAGAGUUCGCGGCUAUGCUGGAUGAGCAAAUGGCUAAGACUGCAAAGAAGGGCAAAGCGCGUGCCAACGAUGCCAGGCACCGCAAGUCCGAGAAGGAGGAAGACGAGGAAUUGCUCAAGGAGGGAGAUGAGGGGGAUGCCGCCUACGUGUUUGAGGAAAGCCCACCUUUCGUCAAAGGUGGCCAGAUGCGAGACUACCAAGUCCAGGGUCUGAACUGGAUGGCUUCGCUGCAUCAUAACGGUAUCAACGGAAUUUUGGCGGAUGAAAUGGGUCUCGGCAAGACCCUUCAGACCAUCUCGUUCCUCGGGUACCUCCGAGACCACCUCGGCACGAGCGGACCUCAUCUCAUCGUCGUUCCCAAGUCGACCCUGCAGAACUGGGACCGAGAGGUCCACAAGUGGGUGCCAGGGUUCACGACGCUGCUCUUGCAGGGUACCAAAGAGGAGAGGGCCGCGCUCGUCGCCGACCGGGUCCUGAAGCAAGACUUCGACAUUCUCAUCACCUCGUACGAAGUCGCCAUGCGGGAAAAGACGACUCUCAAAAAGUUCUCAUGGGAAUACAUUAUCAUCGACGAGGCGCACCGGAUCAAGAAUGUCGAUUCGCUCCUUAGUCAGAUCAUCCGGACAUUCGUCUCGCGCGGACGACUGUUGAUUACGGGUACCCCGCUCCAGAACAACUUGCAAGAGUUGUGGGCGUUGUUGAACUUCAUCCUUCCGGAUGUGUUCUCUUCCAGCGAGGACUUUGAUGCCUGGUUCAAGACCAAGGACGAUUCCGACCCCGACGCAGUCGUCAAGCAAUUGCACAAGGUCUUGCGCCCCUUCUUGCUCCGGCGAGUUAAGGCGGAUGUGGAGCAUUCGUUGUUGCCUAAAAAAGAGAUCAACCUGUAUGUGGGCAUGACGGAGAUGCAGCGGAAGUGGUACAAGAUGUUGCUGGAGAAGGAUAUCGAUGCUGUCAACGGCGUGGGAGGAAAGAAGGAGGGCAAGACGAGAUUGUUGAAUAUCGUCAUGCAACUGAGGAAGUGCUGUAACCAUCCCUAUCUCUUUGACGGCGCCGAGCCUGGACCGCCCUAUACUACCGACGAGCACCUUAUUGACAACGCCGGCAAGAUGGUCAUCCUCGACAAGCUACUCAAGUCAAUGAAGGCCAAGGGCUCCCGAGUCCUCAUCUUCUCCCAGAUGAGCCGUGUAUUGGACAUCCUGGAGGACUACUGCCAAUUCCGAGGACACAACUACUGCCGGAUCGACGGUGGAACAGACCACGAUACCCGUACCGCCAAUAUCGACGACUAUAAUGCACCCGGAAGUGAGAAGUUUGUCUUCUUACUGACUACGCGUGCGGGAGGAUUGGGUAUCAACUUGGUCACUGCCGAUAUCGUCGUGCUCUUUGAUAGUGACUGGAAUCCCCAGGCAGAUCUACAAGCUAUGGACCGAGCACACCGGAUCGGCCAAACCAAGCAGGUCUAUGUGUUCCGGUUCAUCACGCAGGAUGCGGUCGAGGAGCGGAUCCUGGAACGGGCGACGCAGAAGUUGAAGCUGGAUCAGCUGGUCAUUCAGGAAGGUCGGGCUCAGACCGCUGCCAAGGCUGCGCAGAACAAAGAUGAGCUGCUCGACAUGAUCCAGCACGGCGCGGACAAGAUCAUCAAUGCCUCGAACAACAUGCUCAUUGAUGAGGAUAUUGACGAGAUCAUUCGGCGCGGAGAGGACAAGACUGCCGAGCUGCAAAAGAAGUAUGCGGACCUCGAUCUUGACGCACUCAACAACUUCAAGUCGGAAAGUAUGGUGAACCAGUGGGAGGGCGAGGAUUACACUGGCAAGCGACCGAAAGGGAUGAUCUGGAUCGAACCCGCAAAGCGUGAACGUAAAGGCAAUUACUCGAUCGACCAAUACUACCGUGACAACUUGAAGACGGGUGGACCUAGCGCGCCCAAGACGGACAAGCCAAAGAUUGCUCGCCCGCCCAAGCAGGUCAAUAUCCACGAUUUCCAGUUCUACCCUAUGCGGCUGGUCGAGCUGCAGCAGAAGGAGUAUGAUGCGCAUAUGAAAGCGCAGAAUUACGUCGUUCCUGCGCGUGAGCCAGAGGCGGGCGAGACGGCCGAGCAGGUUGAGAAGGAGAGAUUAGAGGAGCAGGAGAAGAUCAACAAUGCUGAGCCUUUGACGGAAGAAGAGAAUGCGGAGAAGGACGCGUUGGCAGACGAGGGGUUCCCCGACUGGAACAGGCGGCAUUUCCAGUCGUUCAUCAAAGGCCUCGAAAGGUUCGGGCGGGACCAGCUCGACAAGGUCGCUGUGGAGAUUGCGGACCAUACCGAGGAGAGUGUACGCAAGUACGCCAAAGUGUUCUUUGAGCGGUACACCGAGAUUGAGAACGCCGAUCGGCAUAUGGACCGAAUCACGACCGGCGAGUCCAAGCUCAAGGAGCAAUCCGAACGGAUCGACGCGCUCCACUGGAAGGUCAAGUCCAACAGCUACCCCAUGCAGGACAUGAAGAUCACGUAUGGCCAAAACAAGGGUAAAAGCUAUUCGGACGAGGAGGACCGGUUCCUCCUCGUCAGGAUGCACCACCAUGGGAUCGACAGGGAGGAUUGCUAUGAUUUGAUCAAGCGGGAUAUUGGCGAGUGGCCGUUGUUCAGAUUCGACUGGUUCUUCAAGUCCCGGACGCCGGAUGAGCUCAAGCGGAGAGGCCAGACGCUCAUUCUGUGCGUGAUGAAGGAUUACAAUAAGGAGGAUGAAAAGGAGAAGGAGUCGAAGCCUGCCAAGCCGAGUGGAAAAAAACGCGCGAUAGAUGAGCUCAAGAAUGGGGGCGCGAGUCGGGAUACUACACCUGGAUCGGCGGCGACGGGGAAGAAUGGGGCGAGUAAGAAGCGGAAGACAUGA